AUGUCGACUGUAGAUGCAGAUCCAGUUCUUCAUCCUGAUGAGCAGAUCAAUGACGAUGCCGACUCGUCGAUUGAAACUGAUGCCGCUUCAUCAACAACGAGCAUCUCAAGUUCCAUCUUAAACUAUCGGCAUGAGAACGGUAGAACUUAUCAUCGCUACAAAGACGGAAAAUAUCAUCUUCCAAAUGACCAGGUCGAAAAUGAGCGUCUCGACCUCCAACAUAACCUUUUCCUCCUAACAUUUGGAGACAAACUAGGUCUUGCUCCGCCCAAUGACCCCGGUGCAAAGGUUGGACGCGUACUCGACGUAGGAACGGGAACUGGAAUAUGGGCCAUUGACUACGCUGAUGAGCAUCCAGAAGCUGAGGUCAUUGGGGUUGACCUCUCGCCAAUUCAACCAGCUUUCAAUGUCAAGCCUGGUGGCUACGUUGAGUUUCAAGAGACUGGAGGUAUAAUUCUCUCCGACGACGGGACUCUUACCCCGGAUCACGCCCUCUCGAAAUGGUGUAACCUCCUCGGGGAGGCCUUUACUAAGCUCGGGAGUACGUCUAUCGAGUUCGACAAGAUCAAAGCUAUUAUGCAAGAAGUCGGUUUUGUCGAUGUCGUCGACAAAAGAUUCAAGUGGCCUACCAAUCCGUGGCCUCGAGAUAAGAAGCAUAAAGAGUUGGGAACGUGGAAUCAUUAUAAUUCUUCGAACGCUUUGGAGUCGUUGACCAUGGCGUCGUUUUCGAGGGCUCACGGAUGGUCGCGAAAUGAGGUUAUUAUAUUCCUUGUUGAUGUGAGGAAGGAUCUGAAUAAUCCCAGUGUUCAUGCUUAUAAUCCCAUAUGUUCCAUCUAUGGAAGGAAACCCGAUGUUUAA